AUGGCAAGGCAAGAACCUUUGUUGCCUUCUUCUUCCUUUAGCUAUCGAUGGAAAUACGAUGUGUUUCUCAGCUUUAGAGGAGAAGAUACUCGUCACGGUUUCACUGGCCAUCUCUACAAAACUCUUCAUGAUAGUGGAAUUCACACAUUCAUUGAUGAUGAAGAGCUUCAAAGAGGAGAGGAAAUCACACCAUCACUUCUCAAGGCUAUUGAAGAAUCCAGGAUUGCCAUCACUGUGUUCUCCAAGAACUAUGCUUCUUCUUCAUUUUGCUUGGAAGAACUAGUCCAUAUCCUUCACUGCAUCAAGGAAAAGGGUCGGUUGGUUUUGCCCGUUUUUUAUGACGUUGAGCCAUCUCACGUGCGCCAUCAGUUAGAUAGCUAUGAUGAAGCACUCUCUACUCAUGAGAAGAGGUUUAAGGAUGACAUGGAGAAGGUGCGGAAAUGGAGGGUGGCUCUGUGUCAAGCAGCUGACUUGUCUGGCUUUCAUUUCAAACAACAAGGUAGGAAUGAAAAUGAAUAUGAGUUUAUUGAGAAAAUUGCUAAAGUGGUGUUCAACAAGAUUAACCGGGUUCCUUUACAUGUUGCGGAUUAUCCAGUUGGAUUGGAGUCUAAAGUGCUACAAGUGAUCUCACUUCUCAAAGUUGGAUCUGAUGGAGUCCAUAUGAUAGGGAUCCAUGGAAUUGGUGGCAUAGGGAAGACCACUGUUGCUCGAGCAAUUUAUAAUUUGAUUGCCGAAUCAUUUGAAGCUUUGUGUUUUCUUGAUAAUGUAAGAGAAAAUUCAAUUAAAUAUGGAUUAAAACAUAUCCAAGAGACGCUUAUUUCUAAAGUAUUCGGAGAGAAGGAUAUUGAGUUAGCAAGUGUCAAUGAAGGAAUUUCAAUAAUAGAGCAUAGGCUCCACGGAAAGAAAGUUCUUUUGGUUCUUGAUGAUGUUGACAAACUUGAGCAGUUGCGAGCAACUGUUGGAGGGCUUGCCGCUCCCAAGUGGACUCUUCAGGUUGAACUACUCAGUCUCGGAUUUGGAUCUUAUGUGGAGAAACACAUGACAUUGUGA